AUGGCGGGCGCUCCGGGGCCAAGCGAGACACCUGCGCGGUCCGACCCCGAGGAGCUCACCGGCGCGAGCGGCUGGCGCUGCAGAGAGCACGGCGACCGCUUGGCCGAACUCUACUGUCGCCGCUGCCGCCGCUGCGUGUGCACGCUGUGCCCAGUGCUGGGCGCGCAUCGCGGCCACCCUGUGGGCCUGGCGAAGGAGGAGGCCGCGCGCGUGCAGAGUCUCACCCAAGAAUCAUUAAGGCAGUUGGCAACCAAGAAGGAGCAGCAAGAUGGCAACAUAGCCCAAAUAGAAGAGGCUAGAGAAAAACUCAAGGCUCAUGCAGAGUCAAGUAAAGCCUGGCUGACCUCGAAAUUUACCGAACUCAGACUACUACUUGAUGAGGAAGAAGUGCUGGCCAAGAAAUUCAUUGAUAAAAACACUGAGCUUGCCGUCCAGGAGUAUAGGGACCGAAUCUACUCUUGUGAGAAGCAAAUUGACAUCAUUAAUGACCUCUCCAACAGGGUCUGGUGUAUCAGCCAGGAGCCAGAUCCAGUACAGCUGCUGCAGAAGUACACAGCCACUGAGCGGGAGCUGCAGCAGCAGAUGCGCCUGGGCGAGCUGUGCUACCCCAAGCCUGUCUCCUUUGAGCCUAUCAAGAGCUUCUUUAAGGGCCUAGCGGAAACCAUGCAAAGCGUGUUACAGACGCCCCUGGAAGUUCGCCUUAAGGAAAACCUGAACUGCCGGCUCCUGGGCUCCUCCAGCGUCAAGCCAGGUUCCUUGUUGAAAACAAGCCCUCCUCCAGAGCGCCAGCUCUUCUUAAAGUACGCGCGCACGCCCACGCUGGACCCGGACACGAUGCACGCGCGCCUGCGCCUCUCGCCCGACCGCCUGUCCGUGUACUCCGGCCUGCUGGGCUGCCUGGGGCCCACGGCCACACUGCGCUUCGACAAGCUGUGGCAGGUGCUGGGUAGGGACAGCUUCGCCGCCGGCCGCCACUACUGGGAAGUGGACCUGCAGGAGGCGGGCAUCGGCUGGUGGGUGGGUGCGGCUUACGGCUCCUUGCGACGCCGCGGGGACACGGCCGCUGCCCGCCUGGGCUGCAACCGCCAGUCCUGGUGCCUCAAGCGCUAUGACCUCGAGUACUGGGCCUUUCACGACUGCCAGCGCAACCGGUUGCGGCCCCGCCAGGACCUGGAUCGGCUUGGUGUCUUUCUGGAUUACGAGGCUGGCAUCCUCUCCUUCUACGACGUGAUGGGCGGCAUGAGCCACAUGCACACCUUCCGUGCCUCCUUCCAGGAACCACUGUAUCCAGCCCUGCGGCUGUGGGAAGGGGCCAUCAGCAUCACCCGGCUGCCCUAGGGGCCGGAGGGACUGGAGUGAGGUCCUGGGCCCUUCGCUGCUCUGAUCUCACCAGACCCAGCCAUGGCUGGCCCACUGUCUACUCUGUGUGCCCUUCUCCCAUCAGCCCCUCUGCGGCACCGCCAUGCUGUGUGUUUUGGAUGGUACCUCUCCUAGGCUGGUUUCAAACAGCUUCUUUGCUGCUGCUUGUUCAUUGGACCUCCCCCCCGGGACCACCACCAGAGCACUUAACUGCACUGCCUUUGGUAGGAUUCCUGAAAACCCACAGUCCAAGCGCACCUGACCAUAUUAGAAUUCACAUCUUCAGCCUUGGACCUUCUCCCUUACACAGCACAGUAGCUCCUGGCACAUGAUAGGCACAUGGUAAAUAUGUGGCUGAAGAGAAGCAACUGGUCCAGACCCUUCUUCCUAGCUCUUGGAGGAGCCUCCUGCCUUCCACUUCAGCUUGUCCUUGUCACCUUCAGAGCCUCUUAAGCCUCUUGACCUGACCCCUCACGCCUUCUCAUCCUUUACCCCAGAACCAGAGGGAUCUGCCUAAAACUUAAUCUCUCAACUCUCAAGAGGUUCCCAAGGAUAACAGGGUCAAAAAAACAAGCACCUUACCCUAGCAUUCAAGUCUUUUCUAGUCUGCCCCCAACUUCUAUCCUCAUUUUGCUCCUAUUGCUCUUUUCAGAGACAGUCUGACCAGAAUUGUGUCUCACAUAGGUCCAUCUCUACACCUUUCCUUUACACUAUCCCCUGGCCAUGCCCCUCCCCCCAAACAUUUAUUACAGGAAAGUCCUUUCUUCUCUUUGCCUGUCUCAGUCUUCCCAAGCCUCAAGAAUCUUCCUCUCUGCCAGAGUCACAAAUCUGAGACCUGUCUUUCCAACUAGACUAGAAGCUUUCUAAGGCAUCUAUUAGAUACUAUAGUACCCUCCCCCACCCUGAAAAUUUCCUAAUAUCCCUUUUAUCCCAGGCAGUGAGUGAGUGACCAGCAGUGGUCUCUUCUUGACUCACAGACAGCUGAGCCUCACAAAAGGGCCUCAGAUCACCCAGCCUGACCUUAUUAUACGUCUGGAAGACAAAGGCCCUGAAAAAGAGUUGCUUUAAGUCACCAGGUGACUGAGGGGCUGCACCAUGCCCAGCCUCCUGGGAAGUCUGAUUAGCCCUUCAGGUCCAGCUUUCAAGCUGCAAGAUUGUCCUGUUUAUUUCUCAGGGGAUGUUGGGAAGAAAUCAGCAGGUGGCCGUUGCUAAGCAAUGACAGUUUUUCCAACUGUCUUGGAACCAAAAGGAGAGGAGCCAUGGUGGGGUUUGGGCAGCCCCGACAUCCUCUUGCUCCUCAAACCCCUUAGAUCUAGAUGUUGCCAAAAAAAACCCAGAGAGCCUUGUUUUCUAAAAAGAAGUGACAGAAAUGGAGAAGUCCAAACCAGUAAGAGCUUACUGGCAGCCUGCUCCCCUAGCAAGGAGGGAGAGGCUUCUUUCCAGGAUCUUUGCCUCAGUUCUGAAGAUUCAAAAUCCCAACUUGUCAAAUUCUCUAGGCAGUUUUGAAGUCAUGCUGUGUUAAAGCAUCCUCAUAGGUGCAACGGUAGGGUGAGAAAAAUCCCCCUCGUGGCUUAAACUGACUCAAGGUGCAUUCAUUAACUUGAACUAUAUAUAAAACUGCCAAUUUCCAAUAGUUUUUGACCUAAAAAUGGUCCUUUCAUAUGGAGCAAUGUAACACAAGUAGAAUACUCAAAAGUGCCUUUGGUUCUAACCAAGUAAUUUAAAACUCUAGCUGAAUAAAUGCCUAAGCACUGUGCUCCAAGAAUCCUGAGAAAAGGAAAAUUAAUUCUCCUGGGGAUGCCCCAGAGCUGAAUUCUGACUGCAGACGACAGUCCUGACGGAGGAAGAUGGGUACGCUUGACCCCACGUCUCUCUCUAUUCCUGAAAACCAACAGUUGCUCCCACAGCUGCAGAGCCCAAGUAGUACGAGCACUUGCUCUUUGGGCAGAUGCUAUCCUAAUGCUUUACAACUGUUAACUCAUUGGAUCCUCACAUCAUCCCUGAGAGGCAGAAGGUUAUUCCAGCUCUACAUGUGGCAAAAUUGAGACUCAGAAUGAGUAACUUGCCCAAGGUCACACAGCUAACAAUGGAGCUGGGGUCCGCAUACAUGUCCGCCAGGCAGUACUGUUGAGGUGAAUGCAGCCUGACUGGCCAGCGCCUGCUCACUCUGACCCUUGUCCCCUCUAGAUGGGCCUGUCAUGCUUUGUUUUUGCCUGGUCACUCUGGGGCUUCGGUCUACCUUUGUAGUACCUGCCCUACCUUCCUAGGGCUCUGAGAUGAGGUCUUCCACCAGAUAGGAAUUUGUUUUCCACGUGCCAGAGACUGAGCUAAUCUAUAAAGGAUAAAAAAUUAACUUUUAUCAAAUGCCUACAUGGUGCCAAGGCCUGAACUAGCCAGAAAACUGCAAUUUUGGCCCACAAUCAUGAGUUCAGGCUACUCAUCUUUCACUUCUUGGAGCAUCAUCUGUUGGGGGGUGGGGGCAUAAUUCCAGCACUAUGAGGCUUGAACUAGCCAAAGAAUGUGAACCUGCCUUUAAAAGUCUACUGUGCCUCCUUAUACGUGUUUUUCUAAUAAAGCAUGAGUACUGUCCUUGCCAAUCAUGUUCUUGGAAGUUCAUGGUGCCUCACUCAGGUACACAGCACCCAGGCUGGGAUGGGGCUGCUGAUGAGGAGGGGUGAGCAUGAGCACAGCCACAGGUUUGAGUCCCCUAGGUCCUGCUCAGAAGCCUUCCAUGGCUCCCCAGUGCCUACAGAAUUAAGUUCUAAUUCAACAGACUCUUAAGCUCUUCCUUCUUGGCUCCCAUGACUCCUGUGCCUGCCUCCCACACCUCUGGGUAAACAUUUCAGCGAUUCACACAUAUGGGGUACUGUUGGUGAAGGUGCCUAUACCCAGUAGG